AUGGAGAAAAUCAGCAAGCACAAACCUACACUCUCAGUAAUGUCCAUACUGUCAACAACCGAUCCAAGCAUACUGUUUGCAAACAACGAUGCCGAAAUAGAAUCUAAUUUCGUAAGCCGUUCGACACAAAUAUCGGCAUCGUUACUGGAUCCGAUCAAGGCGGCAAUGACCCCAGAAAACUUUUCUGAAAAUUUUGUAGAAAUCAAUGGAAGACUUUUCAUGAAUGACAGUACAUUGAAAUGUUUUCUACCUAGCGAUAAAGAGGAAGCUAAAAGGUCAUUCGACCGUUACUACAUAGACAAACUCAUCUGGGGAAAUGACUACUCUGCUCCCAUCUUUGAUAGAUUGUCACAUGGUGCAAAGGUUCUUGACGUCGGAUGCGGUUCAGGAGCAUGGAUAACAAACAUGGCCCUGAACUAUCCUGCCUCAACAUUUGUUGGAAUAGAUGUCGCUCCUUUAUUUCCUGAUGUCAUUCCGCACAACACAGCAUUCCUUCAAUGUAACAUCGUCAAUGGUCUACCAUUUCCCGAUAAUUGUUUUGACUUUGUCAGGCAGGGAUUUCUCAUAAUUUGUAUGGAUUGGCAAAUAUGGAAGAAAAAAGUGAUAAAAGAAUUAAUAAGAAUAACAAAACCUGGCGGAUAUAUCGAAAUUAUGGAAACAGAUGGUCAGUUUCUCCAGCCGGGAAAAAUAGCGAGGAGGGUUAACCAUAAUCAGUCGACACUUUUCAAAAAUGCUGGAAUUAAUUUUGUCUCUAGCAAAAACGUCAUGACAGUAUUUAAUUCGCUCAACAAUGCUGUUACCGUCGCACCGAUAGAGGAAAAACCUCGACAAUUUGGAACCCGAGCUGGGAAACUGGGAGAAAUCUCAUUAAAAAAUUUCACACAAUCAUUUAAAUCACUGAAAACUAUUCUCUGUCCUCACUUUGGAUUUACGAGUGACGAAUUUGAACAAAUGACGAUGGACCUGGCGGAAGAACUUCGUCGAUGCAAUAGUAGUGUAAAUAAUUAUCGUGUUACUGCAAGAAAACAUGUGAAAUACGUAGAGUAG